AUGUUCACGCCAAUUCAUACCUCGCUCGGUGCACUGCUCUUGUUUGAGGGGUCCUCGGGUCUGCUCUUUCACAAUGGGGCAGUCUUUGGUAUCUCAUCCUUGAUCUCGGAAUCGGUGUUUAGCCCAAGUCGUGAUAAUGUACCGAUUGUCGCUGGACUCAUGUCCAGUGUGCUCCCAGUGUAUCUGCUGGCACCGUCUUUGAUACCAAAUUAUCCUGCUUCUCCAAACUCAUUGGCUUCUGUGUUGACAACGCUGGGUGUUGGAAUCCUACUGGGUUGGGGAACUAAGAAUGGGCGCGGAUGUACCUCCGGACAUAUGCUCUGCGGGUUAUCCCGUCUCUCGCCACGCUCAUUGAUCGCAACAGCCGUUUUCUUCACCUCUGCCCUGAUCACCGCAAAUUUCGCAAAUGGAGGAUCAAAUAUCCCUUCCUGUGGAUCAACCCCGUGCUACACACCAGUCUACCCAUCAUCGAAUGAGGUGGUCUUCAUGACUGCGGCAGUCUUGCUUUCUAGCAUGACUAACUUCCUUGUCGUUCCGAAGAUGAUGCACCGGUCGAGAGAUCCCGUACCAUCUUCUCCUACCUCGCAGGACUGGAAUUUGGACUUGGCCUACCCGUCUCGUUUUGAUCCGUCACUGGCUCUGAUUAUUCUUUUCGGCAUCGGGCCGUCAUUAUCGACAUACUUGAUGCAGAGUCCGGGCCGAAUCUCGAAGAACGAGAAGAAACCAACAAAACCGACGCUUGCUGAACAAUGGAGACUUCCCACUGCUCUAGUGGCAGAUAUUGACUGGCGCUUUGUGGCUGGGGCUGUGGCAUUUGGGGUUGCAUGGGGAUUGAGGGGAGUCUGCCCCGGUCCGGCAGUCUUGCGCUCGGUGCUCCAGCCGACAUGGGGGCUGUCAACUAUGAGUGGGUACAUCCUAGGCAAUAUGUUCUAG